UGCUUGCCGUCCCAUGCGCACUCGCUCAGAUUUGGUGCCCGGCUGCCCGUCAUCUUUUAUCCUUAUCCGACCUUGUUGUUUCCACCACGGCUACGGCUCCAUCUGCUGGGAUAUUGGAAAGCAUAUUGCUAGAAUAUUACUCGGCCAAUUGCACACACGAGACCCAACAAUACAACAUGCCAAAGAUGCUGUUCCUAGGAACGGCCAUCCUUAAAACCUGAAUCAUCGAUGUUUACGACGAGACCAUAAGACAAACCAAGCGUUCUUCCUUGUUCCAUUGUUAUUGCCACUCGCGACGUAAGGAAGAGGGAUGGAAGAAGAGGAAGCGAUGAAGAAACAUGUGAAAAUGUUGCAAUUGGCUGGUGUUGAAUCUCUUCUAUCCAACGGAGGAAAGGAAGUAUCUCUGUCCUCCAUUGAAGAGAAGAUGACCUGCCUCUUCUUCUCGGCUCACUGGUGCAGGCCAUGCAGGAACUUCACCCCAAAGCUAAUCCAAAUCUACACAAUGCUCCGGAAUACUGGCAAGAAUAUCGAAAUUAUCUUCAUAUCACUUGACCAUGACGAGGCAAGCUUCUUGGAUCACUUCAAAAGCAUGCCAUGGCUCGCUUUGCCAUUCAACACUAGCCUAAGGCAAAAGUUGUGCAGUCACUUUGGCAUUGAGCAUAUCCCCGCACUGAUUCCUUUGUCAGUAACAUCAUCUGGUGGACUGGGAUUCCAAGAUGAUGUAGUGGAGCUGGUUGAGGAGUACGGAGCAGAUGCAUACCCCUUCAGUGCAAAUAGGAAAGGGGAGCUAGAAGCCUUGGAUGAUGCCAGGAGACAAGGAGGUAAGCUUCAGGAGCUUCUUGGCUGCAAGGACAGAGACUUUGUCAUAAGCACAGAUGGCAUAAAGAUUUCUAUAGCUGACCUUACUGGGAAGACUGUUGGACUGUACUUUGGGGCACACUGGUGCCCACCUUGCCGCUCAUUCACGAAAAAGCUGAUAGAGGUGUACAAUGAGCUGAAGAUACUGAGACCUGGAAAUUUUGAGGUUAUCUUCAUUUCCAUAGACCGCAGCAAAGAGGAAUUCCAAGCAAGCCUAAGUGCUAUGCCUUGGCUUGCCAUCCCCUAUUCUGACACUGCCAGGCAAGAGCUAACAAGAAUCUUCGCUGUCAAGGGCAUCCCAACACUCCUGAUACUUGGUAUGGAUGGUAAAGUUCUAAAAACAGAUGGCAGAACAGCAAUUUCAGCUUAUGGUGCAACAGCAUUCCCAUUCACGGAAUCUAGAGUUUCUGAAGUGGAUGAAGCACUCAGGAAGGAAGGAGACAAGCUGCCUCACCAAGUGAACGAUCCACGACAUAGUCAUGAGCUCGAAUUGGACAUGGCCAAGGCCUAUGUCUGUGAUGAAUGCCUGCAGGAGGGGAGGCAUUGGGUGUUCUCUUGUAAGCAAUGUAACUUUGAUCUUCAUCCCUCCUGUGUAGAAGAAAGUAAUUAGUGAAGACAGCAUCUAAGAUAUGUGUAUAGUUAAACUACGCAGUUUUACCAUCAAUGUGGACUAGAGAAAUGCUCCUACAAUCAUGCUAUAAACUUUAUAGGACUCAAUGAAAGCAAUGGAUAAGAUUCCUAUUUGCUUAA